AUGGGGGACUGGAACUUAUUGGGCAGCAUCCUUGAAGAAGUGCACAUCCACUCCACCAUUGUUGGCAAAAUCUGGCUCACAAUCCUGUUUAUAUUCCGGAUGCUGGUGCUGGGAGUGGCUGCCGAAGAUGUCUGGGAUGACGAGCAGUCUGAGUUCAUCUGCAACACAGAGCAACCUGGCUGCAGCAAUAUCUGUUAUGACAAAGCCUUCCCCAUCUCUUUGAUCAGAUAUUGGGUACUGCAAGUCAUAUUUGUCUCUUCUCCAUCUCUUGUUUACAUGGGCCACGCGCUCUACAGGCUAAGGGCUCUUGAGAAAGAACGACAGAAGAAAAAGGCCCACCUGAGGGCCCAGCUGGAAGACCUUGAGCCCAUGCCUGAGGAGCACAGGAGAGUGGAGAGGGAAUUACGGAAGCUCGAAGAGCAGAAGAAAGUGAAUAAGGCACCCCUGAGAGGGUCUCUGCUGCGCACCUAUGUCCUACAUAUCCUGACCCGGUCAGUGGUCGAAGUGGGUUUUAUGAUAGGUCAGUACCUUUUAUACGGGUUUCACAUGUCCCCCCUUUACAAAUGCACUCGGCCCCCUUGCCCUAACACGGUGGAUUGUUUUGUAUCCAGACCCACAGAGAAGACCAUCUUUAUGGUUUUCAUGAACAGUAUUGCCGCGGUCUCCCUCUUCCUCAACGUGCUAGAAAUCGCCCACCUGGGCAUCAAGAGGAUAAAGAAGACCCUCUACGGGCGGCCGCGGCGGCCGACGCCAGUUAAUUUCCUGGCUCUUUACAACCUGAUAGCGGAGUUGGGCCACCUGGUGGGCUCCUCUCGUGGGGGAAUCCUUUGGGAGGCUGCCGAGCAGAGCGAGCUGCCGGCCCCUGCGUCGGACGCUCGGAAAUGGCUGUGUUGCACGCUGUCAUUAAUGGUCAUAUCGACGCUGGUGUUCCCCAAAGCUAGGCUGUCGUUUGCCUACGCACGUCUUACGACCAGCGCGAAUGGAAACUGGUCGUUCUGUCGCAGCUGA